GAAACAUUUAGACACAUGCGUUAAGAUAUAAUACUAAUCUAUAAAGAAAAGUUAAUAAUUGGCUGCAUAUUGACUCUAAGUUGGUUUAAGAAAAUUUAUUAUUGCAGAUGGAGAAUUUCAGCAAUAUUGCGACAAUAUCGAUAAAAUGUAAUAUUGUUAACCCUAGAACGCACAACCGGGGUCGAUUCAGACCUUCGGCGAAUUUGGAACUACGCUCCUGAGCUAGCGAGUGGCAUUAUCGACUCACGACCUGGUCCAUAAUUCAUUUCAACUCUCUGAAAGUAAAGCUAUGUCGGUCGCAGCGUUAGUUGUUCGCUGGCUGGCAGUGACGCAGCACCGUCACACAGCGUGGGUGGGGUCGAUAUUGACCCCAGUUGUGAGUUGCCAUUUGUGUUUUGUGGCGAAAAUGGCUGGGCGAUAUAAUUUGAGACCCAUAUCAGCGCUCGCUGAAACUCUCAGAGCGACUGAGAGAGAACAAGCAUCCGAUAUUCCUUCCGAGGAAGAAGAUCAUGCGGUGGAAUUCAGUGGAUCGGAGUCGGAGGAAGACGCUGACGAAAUAUCCGAGCAAUCGGACGAAGGUGACUCUAGAGAACGUUUGAAUCGUGCCCGAAGGCCAAGCAUCAUUCAUGGAGAAGAUGGCCACCGGUGGUAUACGACACCGCGGCAACGAUCCCAGAGCCGGCAAAAUAUUCCGGUAUCUUAUGUGCCAGGUCCGGUUGGUGAGGCAAGACGAGCCAGCACUCCUCUUCAAACGUGGAGCUUGUUGUUCCCCGAUUCCCUCAUUGAAAAGAUUGUCCGUCAUACGAAUGAAGAAAUUCUUCGUUAUCGAGAUUGGCUUGAAAUCAAUGAUGAUCAACAUGACACGUACUCCGAAGUUGGAAUUGUGGAAAUCAAAGCGUACAUCGGGUUAUUGUACUUGUCGGGUCUCCAGAAGACAUCGCACACCGAUCUUGAUGAUCUAUGGAGCCCCGAAUACGGCUCCAUAAUGUACCCAUCAACGAUGUCGCGUGAUCGGUUCUUCGUAAUUACGAGAAAUUUACGCUUUGACGAUAAAACCACAAGGGAUGAGCGAAGAGAAACCGAUAAAUUCGCUCCAAUCCGUGAGCUGUGGGAACAAUUCAUAUCGAAUUGUACUAAAUAUUACAAUCCAGCCUCAUACUGCACAAUUGACGAACAAUUAGUUCCUUUUCGCGGACGAUGUCCAUUCAAAGUGUAUAAUGGCGGCAAGCCCAAUCAGUCUGGCAUGAAGAUCGUUAUGCUAAAUGACUCGGGGACGUUCUACAUGUUCUCUGCUGAGCCAUACGUGGGAAGAGUCACAACAGAGGAAGGGGAGAGUAUCCAAUCUUAUUACAUCCGGAAGUUGUCACAGCCGCUGCACGGAACGAAAAUAAAUAUAACAUGUGACAAUUGGUUCUCGUCAAUACCAAUUUUUGAGAAGAUGCUGACAGAGCAUUCAAUCACGAUGGUCGGAACACUUCGAAAAAACAAACGCGAAAUUCCCGACUAUUUCCGAAGCGCAGGACCUGUGCCAUCGUCGAAAUUCGCAUUUGAUGAGAGAAUGACUCUGGUGGUCCACACUCCGAAACGAAAUAAAAUCGUCAUGUUGCUCUCGACCUUCCAUGAUUGUGCAACAAUCAAUCAGGAGACUCAAAAGCCGGAGAUAAUUCAUUUUUAUAAUUCAACAAAAGGAGGUACCGAUUCAUUCGAUCAAAUGUGCCAUGAAUAUUCGACGGCUCGAAAGACUCUACGGUGGCCCACGAGGAUAUGGCAUGCGAUGCUUGAUCAAGGAGGAAUUAACGCCUUUAUCCUUUACAACUUCAACGCUAAUCUAGAAGCCUUGGACAGGAGGAAGUUCCUAAAAAAUCUAAUAAAAGCCCUAGUGGAGCCGCACCUGCGAGCAAGACUACAAUUGCCCAAUUUUCGUCGUGAGCUUCGUUUCAACAUCCAUACGAUUCUUGGGCAAGGAGAGAGGCCCGUGAAACAAGUCGGCCAAAAGAAGCGCGCAAGAUGUAGCUUGUGUCCCAGGGCACAGGAUCGCAAGUCUCAGAUGUAUUGCGAAAUGUGUCACCGAACCGCCUGCGAAGAUCACAGAGUUGUCUUCUGCUGCGAUUGUGCGAGUUAUGCGAAUUAUGCGAGACAUUGCGAUUAAAUAAGUAUUUUUCCCAUUCCAUCCCAUUACCAUUCUCUUCUUUAUUAAAAAAUGAAGAAAUUAAUGUAUUAUUAAGGCCCUUUAUCUCUGUAGGACCGGUUUUACGAUCAAAAAAAGCGUGGGGUCGAUAUUGACCCCAGUUAUGAGUUAAAAGGUAAAAAAAAUGACGUGUGAGUUCUAGGGUUAAUGUAAUAUCUU